UCCUACGACUCUACUGGCACUGUCCUCAUCCUACUUACAGGCCCUCACAGGGGGAACCAUGCCGUUUUCCUGAAGCAGCUUGCAAGUGGUCUUCUGCUUGUAACUGGUCCUCUUGUCCUGAGCCAUGUGCCUCUGCGAAGGGCCCAGCAGAAAUCUGCCAUCGCCACCAACACCCAGAUUGAUAUCUCUAGUCUGAAGAGCCCCAGGACCCUGACUGACUCCUACUUCAAUAAGAAGAGGCUGCACAAACUCAGACACCAAAAGGGAGAGAUCUUUGACACAGAGAAAGAGAAGUACCAGGUCACUGAGCAGUGCAAGGUAGACCAGGCUGUGGACUCUCAGCUCAUGCCUCUGAUCGGGAAGAUUCCCCAGCUGCGCGGCUGCCUGCGUUGCUCAUUCUUCCUCACCAACAGAGUCUACCCACACAAGCCUUCUAAACAAACUACAAAAUAUAAUUUAUCCUGUGAUUGA